AAUUAACAGUUCCUCAAUUGCUGAAAAAUUUUCAUAAUCAAAAGAGUGUUUCUUCAAGAGAAAAAAGUUUCAUUCUUUCAACAGAUCUGAAGAGGGUAAACUAAAAUUCGAUUUCAUCCGCCAUUUUUUCAGGGGAAAUAAACAAAAGGUGAGAUCAAAGAGGAAAAAUGGCGCAUAGGGUUGAACAGGAUUAUGAUUAUUUGUUUAAGAUCGUGUUGAUUGGUGAUUCUGGUGUUGGGAAAUCAAACAUCUUGUCUAGAUUCACAAGGAAUGAGUUUUGUUUGGAAUCUAAGUCCACUAUUGGUGUUGAAUUCGCCACCAGAACUCUUCAGGUUGAAGGAAAGACUGUUAAAGCCCAGAUCUGGGACACUGCAGGGCAAGAGCGGUACAGAGCUAUCACAAGCGCUUACUACAGAGGCGCGGUAGGUGCGCUUCUUGUCUAUGACAUUACCAAAAGACAAACCUUUGACAAUGUCUUAAGGUGGCUACGUGAACUAAGAGACCAUGCAGAUUCCAACAUAGUGAUCAUGAUGGCUGGGAACAAAGCUGAUCUAAACCACUUGAGAUCAGUUGCUGAGGAAGAUGGACAGACUCUAGCUGAGACAGAAGGUCUCUCUUUCUUGGAGACAUCUGCUCUUGAAGCCACCAAUGUUGAAAAAGCAUUUCAAACUGUGUUAGCAGAGAUUUACCACAUCAUCAGCAAAAAAGCUUUGGCUGCUCAAGAAGCAGCGGCUGCUAAUUCCGCGAUUCCGGGGCAAGGAACAACGAUUAACGUUGGUGACACAUCUGGAGCUGGCAAAAGAGGUUGCUGCUCUACUUAAUUGACAGUUUAAACUUUCAUUUUCUAUUGCUUAUUCUCUGUCUUUUUUCUCUUCAAGUUUUGGCUGAUGAAAUGUAAUAACGAUGCAAGACCAUGUAGAAUAUAUUUCUUCAUUUACUCGUCUUACCAUCUUCGAUGGGUUUGUGUUAAGUAAAAAAAGAAGAUAAAAGCUUGUUCUCUC